AUGGAUUCAGUUGGUCGUCCAGAGUUAUUUGAUUUCCAUAAAGUUCCAAUGACCCACCAAUACACUGAAAACUGGGAGAACUUGCAAAACUUCCGGGCCAGGCCUGAUGAUAUAUUGAUUGCAACGUACCCCAAAGCAGGUCUGUAGUACACCCUUGAAAAGAAAAUGCUGUGUGUCUUUAAUAGGAUCAUAUUUACAAAAGUUUCCCUCCUUCUUCUCUCUGUUAGGAAACACCUGGCUCUCUUACACCCUUGACCUGCUGUAUUUUGGUCAGACAUCUCACUCUCAUGAGCGUGAAGACAAAAUCUUCCUGAGAGUGCCCAUGUUGGAGUCCACGUUUCAUUAUUUGGAGCCAGGUUGAACAACCUCAAAAUUAGCAUUUUUCAGGAUUUUCUAGUUUUUAGAGAAAAGUGAGGUUUUGAUGCUGUGUUGUAAUCGGCUUUGAUAAUGUACAGGACCAGACCCAUCAUCGGAUCCAAUUCCUAUCUGCCUUAAAGGAACAGACCUGGUGAACAACCUCUCCACCUCUCCUCGACUGAUCAAGACUCAUCUUCCAGUCCAGUUUAUACCAAAGUCCUUUUGGGAGCAGAACUGCAGGGUAUGUCAAAUAUUAUAUUACAUUUUUGUUUAAAAAUGUUCCAAGAUUGAUAUGUUCAUGCCCAGACCCCUCAUAAGCUCAGGGAAUUUAAAUUUAGAUAAGUUGAUGUAGGGCUGAGCUAGAACAGGCAGGACACUAUGUCAAAAUCGCACUCCCAUGACUGCGCUCUUUGAAGAAAACUCAGAGUUUUUAGCUGGAUCAAGACCAUCAUCUCAAGAAAAAUCUGAACGUAACUCGUACAGAUAUGUACGCCAGGCUUGGAAUUACAGGGUUUGGGUCAAUUUGGGACAUUUAUGACUGAGAAAAAAAUGAUUCCAUGUUUCAUAGUGAGACAUCUGCCACACCACAGGGGCUGUCACCAGAACCACAGUCAACUGGAUUAGUUUGUUCCAGUAUGAACUCUGGAAAUCAAAUAGAGGGGUUAAUUUUCAUGCUUAACUCUAAAUUGCAAACAUCUCGUUGAGUUGAGGGUUUGGGUAUAGGAGGAUUUUUUAAUUUGCUAAAUUUACAUGAAGCUCAUAAAUAUAGGGGAAGCUAGUUUUUGGCUAAGUUUUGGGGCACGUUUAGGCCUCCAAAAAGCUUUUAUUUGUUGUAAAAAAAACAUAAAAAACAAACAAAAAAAAACUUUUUAAAACCUAGUUUAAUUUUAACAAAGACAUUCAUAUCAUCUCACUGGAUUAAUGUUAUAUCAAACUGUGCAGAAAUGAUUGACAGAAAUGAACAGGACAUUAAAGUAUUUUCAGUUUUACUAAGACUGGCUUAACUAUUGACUGAGUUUAUCCAUUCAAUUAAGCUCACAGCACUCCUCCCAGCAUUCAACAGUUAUUGAAAUUUUUAAUCUCUAUACCCUGGAGACUCAGUCUGACAAUCCAUGGAUUAAUAAGACUGUCAUCUGAUGUAGAUAUACACUCCUGAUGCCACAGCGUGACUCUGCAGGUCUGUGUCUGCUGUUGUGAGAGGAGAGGAGGUAGAAAGAGGGACAGUAAAGGAGUGUUCCAGAUCCAGUUGUGGAGAGAUGCUCUCUUGUUAGCGUCUGAUGUGUCUUUCUUAUUUAACCAAUCUAUCUACAAUAAAUAUUUAAUGAUAUUGUUUUCAGCUUACUCCUUUUUUUUCUCUUAAAUAGAUCUUUUACGUCGGCCGCAAUGCAAAAGACAUAGUGACAUCUUACUUCAACUUUGAACGCAUGUCCGUACUGAACCCAGAUCCUGGAGACUGGAGCAGCUACUUCCAGAGGUUCAUGGAUGGAAAGGGUAUGUGCUCUUGGUGUAUGAAAAUGAUUUCAGUGGGACAGAGAUAAACUGAGUUAGACUGAACAUCACUCAGGCUGUGUUUUGCUCUGUUAUCUAAGUGUUGUUUGGAUCCUGGUACGAUCAUGUGAACGGCUGGUGGAAGAAGAAGCAGACGUAUUCCUGCAUCCACUACAUGUUCUAUGAAGACCUGAUUGAGGUGCAUUAAAUGUUCUAGUCAAUUUUAUUUAUACAUAGAAUUCAUUCAAUAUUUUAUAUUUUUCAUGCUUUUUACAUGAUUACAUGUCACCAGGAUACUGCACGGGAACUGGACAAGAUCUGCAGCUUUCUGGGUUUGUCUCCUACAGUUGAAGAAAAGGAAAGCAUCGUAAGCGAAGUGCAGUUCGAUGCCAUGAAAAAAAACAAAGUGGUCAACCAUGAUGAAUUACGCACAAUGAAAGUAAACAUUUCACCCUUCAUGAGAAAAGGUGCAGUAAGUCAUGAAAUUAAAAAACACGCAACAUGAAGCAAAUCAGUUCUUUUGUUAAUAUCUUGCUCUGGUUAUGCAGGAAAGGUUGGUGACUGGAAAAACCAUUUCACCGUGGCCCAGAAUGAAGAGUUUGAUAAACACUACGAGAAAAAGAUGAAGGACCCCAUUCUCAAGUUUCGCAAUGAAAUCUGA